AUGCAUAAGAAGUAUGGUCUCAUCUUACACAUGUACCCUCAUGAACUUCACGCCAGUGAUCACGAAUUUUUCAACAUCUUAUUCGCUGCGGGGAGCGCUUGUCGCCACAAUCAUCUGCCGAGUGCCAGUGUCCAGGGCGCUCCCAGUGGCAUCUAUGGAACCUCGAGCCAUGAUGUUCAUCGGAUGCGUCGGUCUGCCACCUCUGGCUUCUUCUCCAAGCAAUCGGUGGCUCUCCACGGAGGCCUCAUCUACGAGAAGGUCGAAACACUCUGCGAAGUUUUCCAGACCUACGCCGAAGAGGGCACUCCGUUCAACAUUCGCAUCCCGCUGCCGGCUUAUACCACAGACUUCUACUGUGCACUUGCGCUUGGCGAACGCGGUGACAUGCGCUUGUUGGAGGACCAAGAAAAAGCCAAGAUAUGGAGAGCAAGCAUCAUUGACAACGCCGCCAAGCUGAUGGAACAGCUGAGGGCUGUCAUACCAGAUCCAAAUGAAGACGUGCAGUUGAGUAGGCGUGAAAGUUUGCCUUGGACUAUUGAUGUCUGGAGUGGUCUUCUGAGGCUGUCCCUGCUCAUAAUGUUGUCGCUGUGCCCCUUCGUCCUCGUCUCAGUUAACUUUGCGCUAACCUACCUGAACCGGAAGACACCCGUGGGCAUGACAUUUGCCGAUCUGAUGAUGGAUCCCAUUCCCAGGGUCUUUCCAGACCCUAGAAGAUUUGACCCCGAGACAUGGCUCGAGUCCUGCCCUAUUUAUGCCCUGAAGACGAACCGGGCCUGGGCAGAGAUUUAUAUCGCUCCGACGAAGACCUUCCACUGA